GAGAGAGAGAAAGAGAGAGAGAGAGCACUAACCAAUCCCAAGCGCCAAAGGAAAAAGAUGGUGAAAGAGAAAGCUCUUUGUCUGCAAUAAAUACCAGUAUUUGGUUUCGGUCCCUCAACAUUUCCAGCUCCCACAGUCUCACUUCACACUCAUCUCUCUCUCUCUCUCUCUCUCUCUCUCUCUUUCUUUCUCUUUCUUCCCUUUGAGGUAGUCCUUCUCAAGCUCUAGCCUUUACUUGCAGGAAGAGAGAUUUGAGUUAGAGUACUAAGAAGAUAUAGAAAAAAAAAAAAAAAAAAAAAAAAAAGAUGGAACAUGUGGAGCUCUUUCAAGAGGUGGAGCUCUUUCAAGAGAAGGUACUCAAUGCGUAUGGUGUAUGAGAAGCCACGUCCGCCCUGGUCUUUCUCGGAUUUUUCUUCAACCAGGUGAGCCUUGAGAUUACAUUUACUAAGCUUAAAGAUUGUCCAGUAAAAUUGGGAGCCACCAGAUGUUCCUGUCCAACGACCGAGGGAGUGGCAGCUCCACACCAUCAUAUGCCAAUGACCACUCCAUCUUCACCUCUGAUACUAGGCCGCCGCCUCCUCCUAAUCUCAACAAUGAUGUGAGCCUUCUUAACUCCAAACUAGACCCUCCUCCUCCUCCUCCUCCUCCUUUUCCUUUCUACCAUUACCCUUCUUCAACCUUUGCAGAACAUGACCAUACUCAACUCCUAGUGAGUGGCCACUUGCUACCGCAACACCAGCUCGUUACUGCAAAUACCAACUUGAUCAGCGAGGAUAUGAUUGACAUGGCAGUUUCCGACAAGAAGUCGACAAAUGAUGUCAAUCCAUCAAACCACCAUAAUUACUGCGCUUCCACGGCGAUUGCUGAGAAACAGAACCCACAGAAGAAGAGAUCGGUAAAGAGGGAUCGGCACAGCAAGAUUACCACUGCUCAAGGAGUAAGAGACCGCCGGAUGAGAUUGUCCCUUGACGUUGCCCGCGAGUUCUUUGGUCUACAAGAUUUGCGCGGGGAUGACAAACCAAGUAAAACCAUCAGAUGGUUGCUCAACCAGUGCAAGGGGCCAAUGAAAGAGCUCGCUAGAGCUAAAGAACUGAAAACAAAGCACAACGGUGGUGGUGGUGGUGGUGCCAAGAGUACUGUGUCCUCCACAUCUGAGUGUGAGGUCAUGUCCGGAAUCGAAGAGAACAGCAAUGCCGGAGACAUCUCUGAGAAAAAAGCCUUGGCCAAGAGAAGGAAGAGGCAGCCACGUAAAACUAAUUUUCAUUCUAUUGGAAAGGAAUCCAGGGAGAAGGCAAGAGCAAGGGCUAGGGAGAGGACUAUAGAGAAGAUAAGAGGUCGAGAGUCUUCAAGCCCUUCUGAAACUGGUGAAGAAUCUGGGAUCUCCCACAGUCAUGAAAUGAAGUUUUCAAUGGCAGAGGUAGCUGUGGUUAAAGAACCCAGUUCGCAUUUCAUAGGCCUUCAGAGGCCUAACCAAAAUGGUAUUGAGGAAGCUGCAGUAAUGACUACCAGUAUUAAUUCAAGCCCAUCUUCCAUCUUCAGUUUUCAGCCUGAGACUGCAAUCUCACAAGGGUUAGUAUGCAGCAGCAACAACAACAACAACAACAACAACGUCUCUAGUUAUUUUGGGAAUUGGGACAUUGAUAGCACUCGAGCACACUACUACUAUCCAUCAACAACAGGUAAUAUCCAGGACAGAAUUUCUAGCUCAAUCCUAACUACUUCAGAAAUUCUCCUGCCAUGUCACUUUUCAGAAGUUCCAAACUUUGGUGCCAAGCCUAAUUGGGAGGUCUAAAACAUUUAGAAAUAUCUGUGCUUAUGUUGUUGAUUAUUUCCUUCUCUUUGUAUCAGGUCUAUUAAGUAUGAGAAUCAUAAGCUUGUAAGCUAGGUUUAAUUCUCUUUUUCUAAUCUUCCUUAUGGUUUUUGCUUGUUAUUGACAAGAUGUAACUUUGCUUUGCUAAUAUUGGAUGCACCCUUCAACUA